GCAUUGGCUUCAGUAAAUUUUUGUUAUGUUUUCUCUUUUUUUUUUUCCGCACCAUUGGAACCUCUGCGAAGACCGACAUACUGCUCGGUUGAUUCUCGGUUCCUGUCCGGUUCGAAAACCAGUUCCGUUCGGACUCGGCGUCCAUGCCAGAGCCGGACACGUUCUCCCUUCUUUCCUCCCCAUUAUAAAGCAGGUCCAGCAGAACCUGGAGCAGAUGCCCUUGUUCGACCACAGAUCAUACUCGGGAAAAAAGAAGACGUCGCCGCACUGCAAGAUCCGGUCGCCGGCGAGCAGCAUGGACGGCGCCGUGCGCUCGGUGUGGGCCGACAAUUUCAAGGCCGAAUCACGGCUCCUCCACCAGAUCGCGCCGGCCGUGGUGCACGUCGCCCUAAACGUCCAGUACCCUGGCUGCGUCUUCGUCCACGGCAACGGCCGGAACCACCGCGACCUCACCGCCGAGGAGCGGUACGAGCUCAUUCGGGCCAACGUGGCCCUGCUCAUGCCGCUGCAGGUGGGCAUCGCCGUCCGCACCGACGACGGCCGGCGCUUCGCUUGGGAGUUCAACCUGCGGGGGUUCGACAUCACCUCCCGCAAACACGCGAGAGACCCCAAGUCCGUCGCUUACCUCGCCGGCUGCGGCGUCGACUUCAGCAGGCUUCCCCGGGCCGGCAUUGACGGGUACAGGCUCCGCUGGCUGCUUCGGGACUCCGGCCUCAUCAGAGCCCGGCCGUCCUGGGCGACGUUCGCGGGCGCCUACCACGUCGCCUACUUCGUGACCAUGAUGUACGGCGAGAAGCUCCCGCACAGCCUGAACGCCUUCAUGGAGAUGGCGCGUCAGCUUAUCGGGCGGCCGUUGUACGACGUGAAGCGCCUGGCGAGGGAGCACGACCGAAGCUGCGUAGGAGCACUGAGCAAUGUCGUGGGGAAGCUCGCCGCCGUCCCGCCCGGUGAAGGGAUCUCCAAGUCGAAACCUGCUGGCACGGGUAGCAUCAUGGCGCUACUGGCCUUCGAGACGUUGAAGAACAAGCUUGGCGCCGACAUGGAAAAGUACCGCCACGAGCUCUGUGGGCUUCAGGUUGUCUAAGGACAAUUUUGUUUUGAGCAUCCAGAUCACGUUCGGAGCUUACGUGAAUACGAUACAUUGUUGC